AUGAGUAUUACUAAGUUUAAAAAAGAGGAGUUAAAGGCUAUUGCCGAGGAGUUAAAAUUACCUAUACCUGAUAAUGCUAAAGUUCUAGAUUUAAGAGAGUUAAUACAGGAGAAUGCAAGAAAUCUAAAAGAUAAAGACGCAGUUAGGUUUCUUGUGGCUAACAGUGAAAACGAUGUUCAAGUGUAUAGAUUCAAUCGAGUUCCUUUUGGUGUGAACUCGUCUCCAUUUCUAUUGGCCGCAACUAUAAAAACCCAUAUUGAGAAAUAUAAGGAACAAUAUCCUGUUACUGGGCGGGCACUCGAUAGUUGUUUUUACGUGGACGAUCUCGUCUCUGGUGAAGACGACGUAUCAUCAGCAUUUGACUUGUCAAACACAGCAGCAAAAAUCAUGGAUGAUGCAGGGAUGAAUUUGCGGAAGUGGAUUUCAAAUGACUGUGAUUUAAUGAAACAAUGGCAGACAGAACAUUUCGACCAUUUAAAUAUUAACGAUUUCGUGAACCAACCACAUCGUGUUUUGGGACUUUCGUGGAGUCCUCAAAAUGACUAUGUUAGUCUUAAUUUAAAAGGUCUAUUGGACUUAAUUCUGAAAAGGAAAAAUACUAAACGAUUCUUGUUGAUGGCCGCAGGCAGAAUAUUUGAUCCAAUGGGAUUUGUAUCCCCCUUCACUAUAAGAUUUAAAAUCUUAUUUCAAGAAAUCUGGCAAAGUAAAACAGACUGGGACGAAGAGUUACUGCUAGAUGUUAAUGAGAAGUUUGAACAGUGGUGUUCAGAAGUGUCUUUCUUAGCUUCAAAAUGCCGUGUGGCUCCUCUAAAGCCAUUAUCCCUUCCACGUUUGGAAUUAAUGGGUGCGUUACUUGCUGCGAGAUUGGCAAAAGAAGUAUCAAGAGUCCUCAGUGAGAAAAUACCAGCAACCAACCACUUUUGGACAGAUUCCACUAUAGCCUUGAGUUGGAUUCAAGGUUCCAGCAGCAGAUGGAAAGUCUUUGUCGCCAACCGUAUGAAGGAAAUACAAUCCUUUACAAACAAAGACACGUGGCACCAUUGUCCUGGAAAGGACAAUCCAUCUGAUCUUCUUACGAGAGGCAUCAGCGCCGACUCAUUGUUGAACUGUGAGAAGUGGUGGAAUGGACCAAGUUUCCUACAUGAAGAAAACAUUGUCCCUAAAAAUGAUGACGUGAUACUUAGUGAUGACAGUGUGUGUCAGGAAGAACUAAAAUCGUCUGAGAGAAAAACUUUGGCUGUGACUUUGGACAAUAGUUUUUUGAACAAAAUUCUUUCUAUUGAGGGAAUUCUCAACUCACGUCCCCUCUACCCUUUAUCAUGUGACCCUAACGAUUUUGAUGUUUUGACUCCUGGUCAUUUCCUUGUUGGUCGUCCGAUUUCAGCAAUUGUUGAACAGAGUUUAACAGAACUGCCUGAUAACAGCAAUCUGUGGUAUGGUGAAACAAAUUGCAUUUCUAGCACUGUUGAAUUAUUUUUCUGCCUCUGA